AUGAGAAAUAUUACCGGAUAUAUUAACAAUUAUGAGGAAGCAGUGCUGAUGGUUCAUGCAAUAAGGUUGGGAUGUUUUCCAACAAUGAUGGAAAGGCUUAAGCCGGAGGAGCGAUGCCGUAUUGAAAGCGGAGAUAUUUUCUGUUUUAUCGAAAAUGCAAAUGGGAUGAAAAGGUGGACAGACGGAAGAAUAUGGUCACCAUCGAAAAUAUGCGGAGAAUUUCUAGUGUACCAGGAGGUGCCCAGGCACCUGAGUAAGAACUCUAUUAAGAAAAGAAGGGUAGGCGAGUCUCCGUAUAAUGUUAAUCUUGUACGUAAAGAGGAUAUUGUUGAUAGGACAACACUUCAUAAGAAAACCAUAUCAAUACGGCUUGAGGACACGACAUAUCAUGUGAUAUCGUAUUAUAGACCCAUCUUUGCGACAUACUCGCUGAUGGACAUUCCAUUUUUCCAACAGCUGAAUGAAGCCCUGAAUCUUUUUCCCGAGCUAAAAGACGAUAAAUUUGUCCAAGAAAAUAUAAAAAACGACUCCGAAUUCUAUACAAAGUACAAUAUUCAGAGAGAUUUUCAAAAGAUGGUUAUGGAGGAAGAAAAGAGAAACGCACUUGAGAAGAUAGCUGUUGAUGUGCUAAGGUUUCUGUGGAGGAAGAAAGUAAAACCACGAACACCCAUCCGUAAAGAUUGCAGACUAUAA